AUGUCGUCGAAAGACGGCGACGCGAAAUCGGAAGCGGCGCCGAAGAAGGCGAAAAGCGCGAAGGCGAGCACAAGCGCACAGAAUAAUGGGAAUCUCGAGGAUUGCUUCACGAAUGUGUUCUCGUUGAUGGAAAUCAAUGGAUUGAAAUGGAAAUGCUAUCGGACGCCGAGGAACGUGGCGCGCGGAAUUCCAUUGACAAGCGAUCCAAUUUUGAGAGCUUAUAGUAGACUUCUAGAGAAAGGUGUUAUGACGGCUUGGCGUCGAACACAGACGCUGAACGCUUGCACUUCCAACGAUCCGCUCUCGCUUCCCCAUUUCUCCCAUGAUCAGCCCAAAGAGCUUUGGGUGUUCUGGUAUGACGAUGACCCGGAAUUUCUUGAAUCGUAUUGUCGGGAUCUCGAUGUCGAUGAGGAGCUUUGCUCGAGCGCCUCAACUGGCACCACGAUAAGCUAUGAGGUUCGAAUUCUGCUGUUCAAAGCGAUUCACGUCGUCAUUGAGAGAUGCUUGAUGACCAAUGGGUACAUCAGAUUCGGGAGAUGGUUCACGAAGCCGCUGAAAGCUCGCGACAUCUGCAUGCAUUAUAUGUAUCCGAUGUAUACAUUGGCAUUCCGAUUCGAGUUCGUCGUCCAAGGCGGCAAUUCGAUAUGCAUCAACAUGUGCACUCAACGCCAACCGACGCUGAUUCAACUUCAUCGCCGCCAUUUGGACCACAAAUCGGUGCGGCGAUUCGCCGUCAUUCUUGGUCCGUACUCGAUGCGCGGCAAUCUUGUCCAAAAUCAAUUGCCGCUGCUCAGCGAGCCGAAAAUGCAGGCGAACAUCGAGCGCGAGUUCAAUGAUUGGAAACAGUACGGUGUGCUCGAUUGCAACGAGACGCUUGAUGAUGUCGAUGAGACGAUGCGAUCGGCGGCAGCGGCGACGGCGGCCGCCGCCGCCGCUGCCGCGAAAGCAGCGAAGGCGUCGAGCAGCGUGCGCAAGGAUGAUGAGUCGGGUUCGGGAAGCGACGACGACAUCACCGAUUCGGACGAGGAUGUUGAGGAUAGUGGGCAUCCGAAGACGAAAAAGGUGGACAAGGUCCCAAAAAUGGUUCUUGUUGAAAUUGAUGGGGUCCGAAUGCUCUACCCAUCGAAACUGAUUUGUCUCACACUGGAAGACGAUCGGCAUGUUUGGGAAGCGCUUGGCUAUCGAAUUAAUACGGUGCCAGAGGAGUUGAUAGUGCAAGGCCGCCGACCUCGAAAUCGAUUCGUAGUGAACCAGUCGAGCUCGCUGAUCCCGCUUCAAGGCGUUUAUCAGUACACGCUGGCCGAGCCGCACGAGGUCAUUCGGCAGGUGCGACCGCGUCCGAUCGGCGGAUUCGCGCAACCGUUUCCGCCGAUCGAUGAGCGAUUCUGCCGUUGGCGAUUCUAUCAGCCGUAUGGGUUGAAGUGCACGAGUUGCGCCGGUUUCGGCAACGGAUGCGAUGUGUGCCGAACGUCGCUGGUUCGAAUGGUGUCGAAAAAGCCGGCACUUCUUUGCGGCGAUGCGAAUGAGACGCUCUAUUCGAACAUUAAUCUCAAAUUUUUGCGCAAACCCGAACGAUCGGCGUACCAUCGAGCGCAGAAUCAGACGGGUUCGAGAGCGAUGCGAUUGCGAGGCAAUUUUGGAAUAUUGCGGCGAGCGCUGACGUCGGGUUUGGACAAGACGCGAUUGAGACGGGAAAAACGAAAAAAGUGCCUUCCCGAGCCGCCGCAUCCGAUCAAAACGGUGCCGAAGAAAUUGACGAGGCCAAUUCGAAGGAUAGUAUCGCCGGUUUAUGGGGUGUCGGUGAACGAGGAGGGCAAAAAGGUGGUGGCGGCGAUUCGCGAACGAUCUGAUGACGAUCCGUGGCUUAUCAAUGAUGAGAAGCCGCCGAAAUGGUUGAAGUUCAAUCGAAGCGAUAUUGUGACGAGUGUGAGUUGCGAGGAAGACGUGGUAACGAAAUUCUGGGAUUCGGAUUCCGAGCCGGAAUACGAUGAGAAGCCGCCAUCACCUUAUACGCCUGUCAACGCGCUCUCGCCGUGCGAUAAUUGCGAUUGGCCGGCGUAUCCUGCCGAUGAGAUUCGGGAAGAGACGUUCAACACGAUUUUCCAGCCGCCACCAAAUCGUACGCCGCCGCCGACGAGUAAUCGUCAAGAGAAGACGGAAUUGUAUGAUUGCUUCUAUGAUCCGACUCUGGAAGCGAUGAGAAUCAAACCGGAGCCACUACCAGGACAAACUGGACGGUGGAAGGUGAAGAAGGUGUCGAAGGGCCAGCGCAAUCAUCAGAUUGUGUUCCAUCCGGUGAGGUUUGGACGAUUCGCGAGGCGAAAGCGAAAGAAGAAGAAGAUGAAAGUGAAAGUGAAGAUGACGCCGAAGCAGCAGGAGAAGAUGAAGGAGCUGAAAGAGCUGGCGAAGACGGCGAAGGGCAAAGAGGCGAGGAAGGUGAAGAAGCGGCUUGUGUUGUUGAGGAAGCGCAUGCUUCGACAGACGCCGAGAAGGUACAUUUUGAAGAGGCUGAGGAAGAUUGAGGAGCUUCAUAUGAGAAAGAUGAAGGCUGGAAAGGCGCCUGAACUGGUGGCGAAGGAGCUGAAUGCGAUUAGGGACCUUCCCGCGCAUGGAAGACGAUUCUGGAAUCGGAAGCCGAAGCCGAAACCGAUUCGUCUCACCACCAUCAGCGAGUUGGAGGCGCUCGAUAUCAAUUUGAUGUCGGAGCGACUCGGCGAGACGGCAAAAUGUCCAAUUCCAUGUUAUACGGGUCUCAUUUCGCCGCAAUAUCCGCAAUCGCCGUCGCCUUCGAAAUAUCAGGAAUCGGAUGAUGACGAGGCGGACCGGGCGAAGGGUCUCGGCGAGGGCACGUCGGCGAGCUUUUUGAACGGCGAGGCGAUGGACGCGGAGCCGGUCGGACAUGACGGAUUGUUGUCGCCGCCGGCGAGCAACGAGAUGCAGCGCGGCGGACCGCUGUCGUACUCGAGGGGACCACCUUCUGUUGAGCUUCAAGGGAUGAAUCAGAUCUAUCCGACGCCGCCAUCGGUGCAAAUGAUGUUGGGCGAUCAUCAACUUCAUUCGCCGAUUCUUCCCGGUAAGAAUGUGAAGAAUCAGAUGCCGGUGAUUGUCGAAGAGAAGAAGCCGAUGAGGAAGGCGACGCGAAAACCGGCGAAGCCGGCUGUCGUCGUUGACGCCAAUUCGGACGAUGAAGCGGAAAAUGUCAAGAUUAUUCGGAAUAGGCUUAAAGAUGCGAAAGUGAACAAGCUUUUUGAUAUGCUCAAGAAGGGAACGCUUGGAAGGCCGCCGCGAAAAAUCAAGAUUCCACUGUCGGAGCGAUUCGCGAUUGAGAAUAAGUUGCCGGAGAAGAAGUGGGGCAAAAUCUAUGCGAGAAUGAAUCAUGUGAUGUUCGAGCAUCCGCCGCCGGACUCGUUUGGCAAGCUGAUUUGUACGACGACGCCGGCGCCACCACCGCCGCCACCUCCGCCACCUCCGCCACCGCCACCACCGCCACAGACGUCGUAUCCACAAGUGCAGUAUCAUUUCGGAUACACGCAGCCGCACAACCCGCAUCCCGGGAAUAGUGGUCCGAUGAUGGCGGUGGGACCUGGAAUGCCGUCGCCGUAUGUAGGAAACAUGAGGCCGAGCUCGGUUCAGCAGCUGAACAAUUUUGUGAAUCAGCCGAGAUUCGGCGCGCCGUCCACUAGCGGCUAUCAGAUGAUGGCGAGAGCGUCGACGAUGCCAUAUCCGAUGAUGCCGACGCUUCAGCAGAUUCAGCAGCAGCAGCAACAACAACAACAGCUGCCGCUGAUGUCGCAGAAUCAGACGAUCAGCGGAAUGAUGCAGCACUAUAAGCCGAGAGAGCCGCAGAUUCUCGAGGGCGAGAGUGUUGUGAUCUCGAUCGUGAUGUCGGACACGAUUCUCGAUUUGCACUUUGACACCACAAUGGAUUCGUGUCCGAUUUGCGCGUGCACUGUCUCGAUUCGAUCGCGUGAGCUUGGAUUGUACAUCACGCCGCACGAUGAGCUGCGCGGGCAUAACGCGAUGAUGCGCGAGCAGAACAUUGGCUAUUGGAGCGGAUUCCAUUCGAACAACGCCGGACCGUGUACGUGCGGCUUCAGCGCGAUUCGCCAUCGCUAUUUGUCGUUCUGCUCGGGACUGUUUCCGGAAGACUCGACGGAAGCGACGGCGUUGGUGAACUCGGUCGCCACCGUCACACCGCAAAUCGAUCUUGGCAAUGGCGAUUUGGAAGCGUCGAAAACGAUGUCGUGGUUCGAUCCCUACUCGCAAUCGGAUUUGGCGGUUCUCGAUCAGAUUCGGCAUCUCUCGCAGACGCACAGCUAUGGAAAAGCGGUGGCGCAAGUGGCGUCGGUCGCGGAGCUGGCGAAUCGAGCCGCCAACGCCGUCGAGAUUGGAAUGGAUGUGUCGUCGUCAUCGGAAUACGUUAUAUCGCACGUCGAUUCGGUCGAGCUUCUGCUCAUCGGCAAUUCGGCAAUUGACAUGUCGAUGCGAUCGAUGAAGUCGUCGAGGAAUCAGACGGCGUCGGCGCAGAAGUUCCUCACCUACUUUCAUCCGUGGGGAUUGCAGACGGCGAACGAGAUUCGCGAUCCGCACGUCAGCGAGCUGAAGGCGAUCAUGAACGCGGUGACGCCGUCGUUGGAAGCGGCAAUCAAGAAGGCGAGGAAUAUCACGCAGCAGACGACGAAUGGGAUUAUUGAAGGGCCGCUGACUUGGAAGAAGUUUGUCGCGAAGACGCUGAAGAAUCGAUUGAAUCCGCAGCAGGUUCAGGAGGAUGAUUCAGCUUGUGCUGAAGCGGUCCCUGCCGUUAUGGUGGCCACGCCGACGGAAGCGAUCCGUGCGGCGCCGAUGAUCCGGCCACUUUAUAAUCAUGCUCAAUUGGCACCGAUUGAUCAGCCGAAGGAUGUGAUGUACAUCACGGUGAUUCCGGACGAUGACGUCGUCUUUGAGAAGUGCAGCAUGUUUCUCGAUUAUUUGUCGCGAAGCUAUGAGAAGAUGCGAUUCGGACGGCAUAUACCGUUUCCGGUGACGACGAAGACGGCGAAUCCGAACGCGGCGAAAAUUCAGCGUCAACGCAAAAAGGCGAAAGUGAUGAAGCACGAGAAGAUUGAGACGAUGGGCGCGAUUGGCGAUGACGUCGAGCCGCCGUGUCUGCCGAAGCGCAAAGAGCAAUUGUACAAUUUGGCGAGCAAUCCGACGAUGCGAGCCGACGAGUUCUACAAUCGCGAAGGGAUUCUGAGGGUUCGCGGCGCGGCAAGACCGACGGGCAAAUUCUCGGGACCCUAUGCGGCGACGUCGGCCGAAUUCGCGAACAUGACGAAACACAUCAACGAUUCGACGGGAUUUCUGACGCGCCUCAAAAUGUACCUACAGCAGCUCGAGGAUAUGGUGACGACGGCGCUUGUCGAAAACGACGCGGCGUUCCAACGACACGGCUAUCGAUAUCAGAUUGCGGUGGAAGCGCGUCUCAAGAAAGAGCGCGAGGCGGCGGCGAAGGAGAAGCUCGCCAAUUUGCCGAACGCGCCGAGCGCAUCGAACGCGAACACGAGCACCUCGAGCGGCGGAAAUAAUACGUCGACGAGCAGUGGCACGAUGGAAGCGGCGACGAGUUCGACGACGUCGGCGUCGCAUGCUACCGAGUCGGCAGCAAGACCUCAACAGCAGCAGCAACAAGCCGAUGGCAAUCAGGUGCCGUCGCCAAUUCCAGCGGGAAUGGUUCAUAUUCCGGAGACUUUGCCUGAGAACGAGCGAAACCUGCAGCCGUCGCUCACCGAACUCCUCUCGGAGCCGUCAUCGCUGAUGACGGGCGCGGCGAAUAUUCAGUGGACUCAGAGGGAGACGCUGGUGCCGAAUCCGUUUCCGACGUCGACUCAGCCGCCGGUUGAUUACGACGAGAUUGGCGGCAAAGAGAAGGAUGAUCCCGCCACUCUUCCUCAUGUGAUCGUUAUUUAUAUGGCGAAUCCGUUCACUUGGGGAAAUGAUCAUCAGACGGCGCUUCAUAUGCGCGUCGCGAUUCUUUCAUUCAUUCGAGCGUUCACGUCGAUUCUCGAACGUUUGCCGGUCGAGAAGCGAAUUCGAAUGCAGAUGGAGAUCAUUGGACUCGAUCAGAUGGAGGAUGUGAUUCUGGCGGCGCCGGAUUAUUUGAACGAUCCAAAGAUUCCGAUGGACUUGAUGGCGAAGAAUGGAAAUAGCAAUUUUGUGAAGUUUGAAGAACGCGAACGCAUUCCGGGCUCGAUGCUAUAUGAGACGGUAAAAUCGCUGGCGAUUGCAGUCUACACACAUCCGAGGGUGUUUCUGCCGCAAGCUUAUAAGCUUGUCCAACCGCGAUGUAUGACGGCAUUCGGGCCGGGCAGCGAUUUGCUGCGAACGAUCGACGAGUUCGAGGCGAUCAACGCGAAACAAUUCGAGAUGAUGUCGCUUCGCGGCAAGGGCAUCAUUCGCGGCAACAUCAUGAUGCCGGGAAUGAUGCCGCCGCAGCCGGUCAACACGUGCUACGCGUUCAAAGUGCCGUCGAAUUUGAUGUAUUUGGCGAACUCGCCGGCGCUCUAUUCCACCGAUUCCGACAAGGUGGUGAUCGCGAACAACGACGAGCAGGUGCUGUUUGUCUCCUAUUGUCUCGUUGGCGCCGAUUUUCUCGUGGCGACGGUGACUGACGGACAAGGAAGGCUCAUCGAUAAUUGUGUGGUGAACAUGAAGGCGAAACACGAGCCGCAUCACUUGUUCCGUUAUCGUGAGCGAACGCAAAUUUUGCACGCGAUGGGACGCCUAUGGUCGUUCAUUCUCGGCGUGUUGGCGUCGGACGUGAAGAGUUGGCGAUUGGUGAUUGGGCGCGUCGGACGCAUCGGACACGGCGAAUUCCGCGCGUGGGCGCAUCUGCUCAACAAGACGUCGCUUUUGAAGUACUCGUCGCGAUUGAAGGACAUUUGUCGCGCUUGCAAUCAGAUGCCCGGAAUCGUCGGAACCCCGUCGAUCCUAUCGGCUUGUCUGGUGUCGCUCGAACCCGAGCCGCAUUUGAGAGUGUUUCCCGAUUUUUUCGAGACGGAUGCUCAAGCAAAUAAGAAGGCGCGACAACUGAUGACGCCCGAUGAUGUAUCUUGUACUCAUAUUAUCACCUUCCCGGUUGGAGCUGAGAUUAAUUACGAGAAUCAGGAUCAGAGCGCUGAUCAGAAGGCGGAUGAGAAUUGGGAGUUUGGCAAUUUGGAUAUUAUGGGCGAUCUUGACGACGGCGAUUCGGAGAUUGUCAAAGACAUCGGACUCACCGAGACGGGCACGAGCUCGUCGCAACGGCCGACGGGAAUUGCGGCGUUCUUUUCCGAUGAGUACGCGAACAUUGAUUAUCAGAAUCAGCCGCUCGCGUCGGGAUUCUACAUAUCGACGUCGCCGGCGCCGGAGUUGCCCGAUUGGUUUUGGGCGAGUUGUCCAUCGGCGAAGCGAAGUAUUCCGGUGCAUUUGCGAUCGUCGCUGCAUAUUAACAUCACUGACGUCAAGAGCGACGACCUUCCAAUGGAAACGAACACCAAAGAGAAGGAGUACGUGCAUCCGCUCGAAGCGCAUCACACCGAAGAAGUGCUCCGACAUGUGCUCGAGUCCUACAACGCGCUAUCGUGGCUCAAUAUUGAUCAGAGCACUGGCGAGCGGUUCAGUUGUCUUCCGAUUCACGUUCAGCACUUGAUGAGACUCUAUCAUAGCGAUAUUGCGAAAAUAUGUGAGCGAAAUCAUUCGGCGGUGAUGCAAAUCGACGAGAUCUUCUCGAUUGGUCACUCGAUUGUGUCGCUUGUUGGGUGCGGAUUCAACACCCUGUUGGCGUAUUUGGCGAUAUUCCAUACGCCGAAAAUCAUCAAGACCUACUCGUUGUUGGUCAUCAAUUUUGCACUUCUCGACUUCUCCACGUGCCUCGCCGAUUUUUUCACGCAGCCGCGAAUCAUUCCGAUCGGCGUCACACUCGGCUUCACGUCGAUGGGACCAUGCCGACACGUUGGCACUUGGUAUUGUUUCGCCGGGUACGGCGUUUUGAUUCACGCGUUGACGCAUUUAAUGUGGUCCCUGCUGUUAUCGUUCUCCUAUCGGUUUUACGUUUUGAAUCAUCGCGCGCCGUCACGGCGAAUCCUCGCCGCUGUCAUCAUUAUGGUUUAUAUUCCGUCUUUUGUGCAAUUGCUAAUUUUCCCGUUGGCCUACGACGACGCCGGCGAUGUUCGUCGGAUUCUCGUCGCGCGUCUACCGAACUACAAUUUCACGAAUCAAUGCGUCUACGGAACGCUGUCGGUGUUGAAUUUCGCCACAAUGUACGCGAUAUUGCACAUCACAUUGCCGAUUGUGCCCGCCUAUUGCAUUAUUCUGCAUUUGCGACGCAAAAUCAUUGAGCAAGUCUCGUUCAAAGGCGUCCAGAAGAACUCGAAUUCGCGCAAAUUGCAAUCGCAGCUUCUCAUGACGUUGACCUACCAGGCGAUUCUGCCCCUAUUCUAUUUCAUUCCGGUGGUGAUCUACGUCGCCGGCCAACUCGACCUCCUCCACAACCCGCUAUUGGACUAUCUCACGUUCAGUUUGGUCAUCAUGAUACCCGUGCUGUCGCCGCUCGGCUCAUUCGUCUACAUCGGACCAUAUCGGCGAAAAUUGUUGGGCAACUUUCGGAUGGUCCUUCGACGCGUCAGCGAUCCGAGUUCCGAUCCGUACGCGAUGGAAAAAUCCAAGAACGAGAAGACGCCUAACGGAUGA